AUGGCAGACGAAGGUGCCUCAUCCCGCGAACUUUUGCUCGAAGCAUGCCGCCGCAACAACACCGAUCUCCUGUCUACAGUUCUAUCAGACUUCAAGUCAACCGACGAACUCGCCAACUUCCUCAACACUGCGACUGACGCUUUGGGCUGUGGUGCCCUGCACAUCGGUGCUCAAUAUGGUGCCUACGAGGUUCUGGACAUGCUGCUGGAUCAAGAGGGUGUGGAGAUUGAUGGUGUAGAGAAGAGAGAGGGAGACACAUGCUUGCACAAGGCAGUGAGAUAUGUCAACAGCUUGAGCAAGGACGAGUGGGAGGAGGGUCAGGCUAUUGUCGAUAUCUUGAUCGACGCUGGUUGCGAUCCCAGGAUACGCAACAAGGCCAAGCUGCGUCCUAUCGACCUCACUGAUCCGCGCAACACCGAGCUCAGGGGUCUUUUGCAAAAGGCAGAGUUCACUAUGUUGGCUGGUGAUGAUGUCGUACAAGAAGACGACGACGAUGCUGGUGCUGGCAGUGCCAGUGACAGCGAUUAG